AUGGCCACUCAAACGGAGUCCGUAGUGGAAGUACCCAGAACCAAAUCCACAAAGCCUCUAGAAAAGUAUAUCCAUCCGCCCGAGUCAAAGCAAGAUCUGAAAUAUGCGGACUUGGUCACGAUUGACCUGUCCGAGUUCGAUCGCCCUGGUGGAAAAGAGAAGCUCGCAGCGCAGCUAAAGGAUGCCGCGCACGAAGUUGGCUUCUUCUACGUGACCAAUUUCGGUCUCACCCAAGAACAAAUCGACCGGCAGUUCGCCAUCGCCAAAGAAUUCUUCUCACUCCCGGAGGAAGAACGACGGAGUUUCCGCGCCCCCUUAGAAGAAGGAAUCUACAAUGGCUACCGACCUCUGGGUUCGAUCGAGAUCCUGCCCGGACUCCGCGACAACAUCGAAUUCUAUAACAUUAUGAAAUUCCUCCCCCAAUACGACCGGGACCACCCAGACGUCGUGAGACGCUACUGGGAGGAAAUCGAGCAGUUCCACCGCCACUGCCACGAGCAUAUUGCCUAUAAACUCUUCCAGCUGCUUGCGAUCAUCCUGGAACUCCCAGAGGACCAGCUUGUGGACGGACAUCGCUAUGAGGCCGAAUGCGACAGCGGCCUCCGCUACAUGUGCUACCGGGCCCGCACCCCCGAAGAGAACGAGAAGUACAAGCAUCUCUACUCCCGUGGACACACGGACAAUGGCACCAUCACCUUUGUGUUCCAGCAGCCCGUCGCGGCUCUCCAGGUCAAGAAGUACGAUGAUUCCGAAUGGGAAUACCUUCCGAUCCGUCCAGGAACGCUGUCGGUGAAUAUCGCUGAUAUCAUGACGAUGUUGUCGAACGGGUGGUUGAAGAGCGGCGUGCACCGCGUCAUUGUACCCCCUGAAGACCAGCAACACCACGAUCGGCUCGGACUUCUCUACUUUGUACGACCGAGCGAUCGCUUGAAGUUGAGGAGUGUGGAUAGUCCGUUGCUUCGGAGAGAGGGGUAUCAUAAAGAUACUACCGACAUCGAUAUCCCAGCACCUGAAUGGACUCGGGCGAGGAUUAAGAAGAACUGGACUCGGUCUCCGACGGAUCUGGGUGAGAAUGUUACGAUGGGAGGAUUCAAGGCCAAGGUGUUCUACGAAUAG